AACAUAAUUCUUUGGUUGAUUGCUGGAUAUAAAAAUUAGCAACAUUAAUAGCACCGUCAUUCCAGUCCCCGACCCUGAUUUCAAGCACGCCCCAACAUUUCCGGAUUACAAUAAAAGUACACAUAGUCCAGUAGGAAUCCUACCAAAAAUCCCAGGAUCCCGAAAGCUUCAAUCUUAGCGCACUUUCCAAACAACGGUUUUCAGCACACAUAAAAAAUUAGUUACGAAAUGCCAGCUCGACCAUCCAGUUCACUUGGUUUUAACAGGAAUGCCCCAGUCAGCUUUCCCAGCUCAAGCUCUGAGCAAGCUCGACGGAGAGCUGAUUCGAGUGGGGUCGUCCCCUCGGGAACGGCGCUUGCUGCCGAACUAUACGCCAGUUUGCUCCCGCUGGGCGACCAUCCUGAUCUGUCCAUCCCUCCCCCACCUUAUGAACUCAUCGACCCUAUCUCAACCGCUCUCAACCCCGAACCCAGUCACAUUAUCCCUACGAGUGACCAUGGCAAUAGGAUCAAUAAUAGUACUGAUGGGUCAGCUCAGUCUGCAUCAGACUCUAGAAGCAGUUUUUCAACGAGCACCCAGUCUGCUCCAGCAUCUGGCACUAAUAUUAGUCCAGUGCGCGCUAGAGAGAUCCCAUCAGGGGGUAUCAAUGGUGCCCCUCAUGAUCACCAACAGCGGGCUCUUCGAGAGCGUCGGCCACCAUCAACCAAUCGAUCCAGAAGAUCUGAACCACCCCCUGUUAGUGCAGCCUCAAUCAGAAGCCAGUCUGAAUCAGGCCGGGAUCGUCGUCAAUCUCAGCUGCCAAAGUUGCCAGUUGACCGAGACCAUCAGCACACUCGGAAAUUGGCUAAACUUCGCCCUCUCCCAGCCAAUGUCAUCCAUCAGGAUAAGGUCAACCAGGUCUAUCAGCCUGUAACCGUCUAUCAUCCUCUCUCUCCCCCUCAAACCCCGGCCGAGUCCAACCGGCCCCCACUCAGUCCUGUCUCCAAUCGGCCCCCAAUCAGUCCUGUCUCCAAUCGGCCCCCACUUAGCAACGCUUCAAGGGCGAAUAGGGAUAGACAACAAAGCUGUGGUCUGCGGCGAUCGAACCACAUCAGAGCGACGCUGAUCAAUGGAUCCUCAACUACGAUCCCUAAUACAAAUGCGACGGUUGAGCAUCGGGGGCGUACUCGAGAGAGGGACUCGGCUGGCGUAGAGCCGGCGUUUCCGACAACCCUUACCGAUGAGCUUGGCCAGGUCGGUCGGCCCGUACCGCCUAUCGAAACUCGUCCCGUCACUCACACUCUUUCGUCCUCCUCCCAAGAAGAGGCUUCUGGUACACACUGGAUUUGUCCCCAUUGUCGGUUCAUCUUUUUCGACCAACAUCUCCGAAACCUGCACCAAAGUCUUGGCCAUUGUAUCCCUCUCGUAACUGCCAACACCAGUACAGACAACAUCAAUAUUCACACGUUCGGUUAUCCGACGCCGCCUCCUGUCCGCCCCCCGCCCCCUUUGCCUUGCUCCAUUCAUCAGCGUCCUCUUCUUGUGGAUUCCGCUCGUCUGACUUAUCUGUUCAAUCACUUCACUUGAAUCUUCUUCCUUUUUGCUCUUUUUUUUUUUGAAAAUUU